GCCCAUUUCGCUCCAUACCAGUACCGUCUUCUGAUUUACGUCGCUCUGUCCUAGCGCAUCCAACCCCACUUUCUUCAUUCAGCGGAGACCUACCCAGACCCGGGUGCAGCGGCAUUGAAGCAGACGAGCUCUACCGACAUCAUGGCCACAGCUACUUCCUCUGCUGAUGAUGUCCCCUCUGAUCACGAACUGGAUGACAUUCUCAACGGCACAUUGAACGGGGAAGACAUAUUUGACACGAGCAAUAUCCAGGCCCAAGUUCAAACGCCGAAAAAAAACGCCGCCGAAGAUGCAGGGCUAGGUAUCGAUGAAGAGAUCAAGGUCGUCAGGAAGCGACAGCCAAUACCCAAGCUCGAUGAGAACAGGCUGCUUUCAGAUCCUGGCAUUCCCAAGCUCAGGAAGAUAUCGAAAGAGCGCCUCAGAUUCAAAGGCAAAGGUCAUGAGUACGGAGACAUUGCGAGAAUGCUCAACAUGUACCAGCUGUGGCUGGAUGAUCUAUACCCCCGCGCUAAAUUCGCUGACGGUCUUGUAAUGAUCGAGAAAUUGGGACAUACGAAGCGUAUACAACUCAUGCGUAAAGAGUGGAUUGAUGAAGGGAAACCAAGGCAUACUACGGAGCCGGACGACGAGGAUGUGGAGGCAAUCGUGCUGGACCAAUCAUCUCAGCGGGAUGCAGAGCCUAUGGAGGGCGUGGAGUCGGACAACACGGCCAAAGACAGGGAAGCGGAGAGCGAAGCGCAAGGCCACCGUCUGGAAGAACCGGGAGACCCAACAGAGACAACAGAGGCAACGGGAGCUGAUAAUCCGGAUGAGGAUGAGCUAGAUGCACUGCUAGCAGAAAGUGGAGCACCUAAUACUUCUCUGACGUCAGCAACUCUGGCGCAAAAGACAGGAGCCGCUGAAGCAGAUGAUCCAUUCGCCGACGAUAUGGAGGCCAUAGCGGAAAUGGAAGCCAUGUGGUGAGAUGGGCGCGCUCGGCUGCGAGAUACGGGUCAGGGUGAUCCAAGUCGAGCCGAGUGAAGUCCCAGCGAACGGAAGGGUUCCGGUUUAUGCAUAGCGUGGCGUUAGGUAUUUGGGCGGUACAUGUGGUUCUUGAUCAUGUUGCAUAGGUAUUUACUCAUACCCUGAGUGAAUGACGUUUCACGAGAGAAGUAAAGCUGGC